UUUUUCAAUUUAUUUUAUUUUUAGAAGACAUUUAAAUAUUUAUAUUUUUAAAAUAUUUCAAAAAUAUUUUUAGUUUUACUAGAUUAAAAUAAAAUAUUUAAAAAUGUUUAAAAUUAUUACAACUAGUUUACCCAAAUUUUUUAAAUUAAGCAAUUUCAGCACAAAUUUGCUUAAACCAAAGUUAGUGGUCGGCCAUUACAAUUUUUGUAAAAACUACAGGAUAUUGUCAUCAGAAAGAUAUUCAAGUAUCUUAUUAAAUUUUAAAAAGUUAAAAGGCGAUAAAGUUUCGUAUUUAACAAGUUUAAACGAAGAAAAUAUGCCACCACAUUGGGAGUCUAAAAAUAAUCGUGGAGGAAACGGAAAUGGUGGGGGAAAAGAUAAAGGACGUGGAGUAAAAUCUGGUCGAAUUGAAAAAAAUCGUGUGAAUGGAGAUCGUAGGGGAGGAGGAAAUGGAAUGGGUAAUAAAAAAGGAAAAUUUCAAUUGGGUAGUGGUGAUGCUGACUUACCGUCAGUUGACUGGUCCAAUGAAAGUUUGGAACCAUUCCAAAAGAAUUUCUAUAAGGAACGUCCAAGAGUUAGAAAUCGAUCCCCGUAUGAAGUUGAAAAAUACAGAAGACAAAAUGAAAUUACUGUAAGAGGAGCAGCUCCAAAUCCUAUUGAAAAUUUUGAUGAAUGUGAUAUGCCAGAUUAUUGCUCAAAUGAAAUCAGACGUCAAGGUUUUAAAGCACCAACACCAAUUCAAGCUCAAUCUUGGCCAAUCGCUAUGAGUGGUUUCAAUUUGGUUGGUAUUGCUAAAACUGGCUCGGGAAAAACACUUGGUUAUAUAUUGCCAGCUGUUGUUCACAUUAACAGUCAAAAACCGUUAAAAAGAGGUGAUGGCCCAAUUGCAUUAGUUUUAGCUCCAACUAGAGAAUUAGCGCAACAAAUAAAGGAGGUUGCUACUGAUUUUGGAUCGUCGACCUAUGUUCGCAACACAUGCCUUUUUGGUGGAGCACCACGUGGUGGACAAGCUCGGGACUUGGAACGUGGAGUUGAAAUCGUUAUAGCAACACCGGGUCGUUUAAUUGACUUCUUAUCACAGGGUAAAACGAAUUUGAGGCGUUGUACAUAUUUAGUACUUGAUGAAGCUGAUCGUAUGCUUGAUAUGGGUUUCGAACCACAAAUUCGUAAGAUUUUAAACCAAAUUCGACCAGAUCGUCAAACUCUUAUGUGGAGCGCUACUUGGCCACGUGAAGUACAACAAUUGGCAGAAGACUUUUUAGGAGAUUACAUCCAAAUUAAUAUUGGUUCAUUGGAAUUAUCUGCAAACCACAACAUAAAACAGUAUGUUGAUGUUUGCCAUGAACAUGAUAAACAAGAAAAAUUGAAAGCUUUGUUGGCUAAUAUAUACGACGAAUCUGAGCAACCAGGAAAAGUUAUAAUUUUUGUUGAAACAAAACGUCGUGUUGAUAGUUUAGCAAAGUUUAUAAGAAGUUUUGGUGUCCGAUGUGGAGCUAUACAUGGUGAUAAAUCACAGUCAGAACGUGAUUUUGUAUUAAGAGAAUUUCGUUCUGGCGUUUGUAACAUUUUAGUAGCUACAGAUGUAGCUGCUAGAGGACUGGUAUUCAAUUCUUCGCUCAUAAAAAAUUACAGAGGCCGAUUGAUAAAAUGGUGGGGAUAAAAUUAAAUAUUUCAGCUUUACAAAAUGUGUUGAAUAAUCACUGUGAAAUUUGUUUCUGCAUUUGACUUCAAAUAAUUUGAGCGGUAAUUUGGAGACGAUACAAUAAUGGAUUAUUAUCAGAUUAAUAACAGUUUGAUGUCUAUGAUAGUAUUAUAUCAUGGUAUAUGGAUGAAAUAGAAAACUGCAAGGAAACUAAAUAAAAAGGGAGCCGUGAGUAUUAUCAAUAUCCCUAUCUGUCAUCAAGUGGGCCUCUGAUGAAAUUAUUGAUUAUAAUAAUUAAAACAAAAUACAUAUUGAUACAACAAAGCGAUCGCAACCAAAAAUGACAAGUUUUAUAACUCACAUAAUGUUAUGCAGGUAGAAUACAAAUAAAAUCGGAUCUGAUCGCAUAUGCGUCUUCGUGAAAUGGAAUAAAAUUCUAAAAAUCUAUUUUUAAACGAGGACGUUAAGUGAUCUGAAUUGAUUUUGAAAAAUAUUUUGGGAGUUCGUAUAAUUUAGCGAACACCUAUUUUUGAACUGAGAUGUGUAACCAGUUUUCUCAACUAGUGUGUUCUUUAUGGAACCCUGAAAAAGUAGGAUGCCAAAUAUUUCAAAUAACGUCGAUAAUUCGAUUCUUCUAUAUAGUUUAAUAAAAAAAUUACGUAAAUUAAUUAAAAUUGUACAUCGCAUCCUCUCAACUUAAUGAAAAUAAAAUUUUAUAAGCAAAAUAAAGAUGAUAUGUUAUACGGUCCAACAUUACAUUAAAUUGUAAUAAAACGGUAUGUAGUACACAUUAAAAUCAGAAAUUUAUUUAAAUUAUAUAACAUGAAAAAAAAAUCCACAUAUAUAAUUUAAAGUAAUCAAAAAAGGGAUAUCCAUUUGAAUUUAAAUGAAUGGAAACUAAAAAAUGAAAAAUUUACAUCAAAUCGGAAAUUUAGAUCUACUUAAUUAAAUUAAUAUUUUUAAUUGAAUAUGGAGGUAAACAAACGUGAUAAUAGAACGCGUUAUGAAAAAGAAAAUUUUGGACCUAAAUUAAGCAUACAUCUUACAUCUAAUUUAGAAUAAAUCUCAAAAACUUAUAAAGGACACAUUAAAAAGGAAAUGAACAAGCACAUCAUCAGCAAAACGUAGAUAAAGAAAUGAACGACGUUCAAAGUGUUAAAAAUGUCAUUUUUAAAGACGAUUGUUUAAUGUUAUGCUACUAUUGCUGCAUAUAAAUAUAUAUGUAUAUAUAUAUAUAUAUAAAAACAAUAUUAAAAGUGGAUGGUUAGUAUUAAAAGAUUGCUGGUUUAUAUAAAUUAGUGCUUUUAGUAUAAUAUUUACCUAUAUGUUAUAUUAUGUAUGUACAACUAAUUUAAAAAUUAGUAUUAAAUUUAAAAAAAAAAAUACUACAAAAUGAUUUUUCUUAAAUCACAAUAAAAAAAAAAUCAAAAAAACAAACAAAAAAAAUCACUAAAACGAAAAACAGAUGUCGAUGGUAUAAAACAUGUGGUCAACUUUGAUUAUCCACAAUCAUCUGAGGAUUAUGUACAUAGAAUUGGUAGAACUGGAAGGUCUGAACAAACCGGAAAAUCAUAUACAUUCAUUACGAAAAAUAAUUCAAAAC